UUGUAUAAAUAAAGUAGUAUUUGUUGUUAUGCUUCAUGGUGACAUUAAAGCUGAAAAUAAGCCACUGUAUAUGUGUUGUAGCUGUUGCUAUGGUGAUGUCAGUCAGAAUGGCUCCUCCUCUUCCUCUGAUCUUUCUGCUCAUGAUUCACGGGGUUUAUAGUCAGACAGAGGGUGUGAGUUACAGUCCUUCACACAUCUGUGCACUAAAUGACUCAACAGUGAUAAUGAGAUGCACUUAUACAUACCCUACUGGACGUCAGAUCAUGAAAGCGUUCUGGACCAAAAAUCCUGUAAAGGGUGCUGAGCCUCCAGAUCUGUCUGAUGACACUGAAUACAGUCAGAGGCUUCAGUAUCUGGGAGAUAAACAGCAGAACUGCACCGUCAGACUGAGUCAUGUGACACUGAAGGACUCACACAUGUACUAUUUCAGAUUCAUCACUGAUAAACCUGGUGUGAAAUGGACUGGUGUUCCAGGAGUGAAUCUUACUGUCACAGAUCUUCAGGUGGAGUCUCCUGAGAGAGUGACAGAGGGAGAUUCAGUCAGUCUGACAUGUAAAAGCAGCUGCGCUCUGACUGACAGAGCAACAUUCAUCUGGUACAGAAACUCACAGCCAUUAACUGAGAGAAGAGACAGAAACAAUGAACUCCUGCUGCAGUCAGUCAGAAGAGAGGAUUCAGGCAGAUAUAGCUGUGCUGUAGACGGACACACUCACGUCUCUCCUGAUGUUCAGCUCAAUGUCAUGUACCCACCCAGAAACGUCUCAGUGUUGAUGCGUGGAUCUGGUGUAAUAGUGGAGGGAGAUUCAGUGACUCUGAACUGCAUCAGUGACUCAAACCCUCCUGCUCUGAACUUCAGCUGGUUUAAGGAGAAUGAAACCUCAGCUGUUGGAUCUGGACAGAGUUUCAGUGCACUACAGAGUGGACGCUUCUACUGUCAGGCUCACAAUCAACAUGGAUCUCAGAGAUCAGACGCUGUAACUGUCACAGUUAAAGGUAGAGCGGCUCAUAUCCUUACAUUACUCUUUCUAAAGUGA